CUUCAUUCACAGUUAUGUGUUACAAUGUCUUGUGUGAUAAAUACGCCACCCGGCAGCUCUAUGGCUACUGCCCGUCUUGGGCGCUCAAUUGGGAGUACAGGAAAAAGGGAAUCAUGGAAGAAAUCGUCAACUGCGAUGCAGACAUCAUCAGUCUUCAGGAGGUGGAAACCGAGCAAUACUUCACCCUGUUCCUGCCAGCCUUGAAAGAGCGAGGGUACGACGGGUUCUUUUCUCCAAAGUCACGUGCCAAAAUCAUGUCUGAGCAGGAGAGGAAGCAUGUGGAUGGCUGUGCAAUAUUCUUCAAGACCGAAAAAUUCACGCUGGUGCAGAAGCACACGGUGGAGUUCAACCAGGUGGCGAUGGCCAACUCGGAAGGGUCGGAAGCGAUGCUGAACAGAGUGAUGACGAAGGACAACAUCGGCGUGGCCGUGGUGCUGGAGGUGCACAAGGAACUGUUUGGAGCAAGUAUGAAAUCUCUUCAUGUGGACAAGCAGCUGCUGAUUGUGGCCAAUGCCCACAUGCACUGGGACCCCGAAUACUCCGACGUGAAACUCAUUCAGACCAUGAUGUUUGUCUCGGAACUGAAGAACAUCCUGGAGAAAGCCUCCAGCAGGCCCAGUAGCCCAGCAGCAGAUCCCAACUCUAUCCCUUUGGUGCUGUGUGCGGAUCUCAACUCAUUGCCUGAUUCAGGUGUAGUGGAGUACUUAAGCAACGGCAUAGUGGCCGACAACCACAAGGACUUCAAGGAGCUGCGUUACAACGAGUGUCUGAUGAACUUCAGCGGCAACGGGAAGAACGGGGCUUCGGAAGGCAGGAUCACGCACGGCUUCCAGCUGAAGAGCGCCUACGAGAACAACUUGAUGCCUUACACCAAUUACACCUUCGAUUUCAAAGGUGUGAUUGACUACAUUUUCUACUCCAACACUCACAUGAACGUGCUGGGCGUCCUGGGGCCUUUGGACCCUCAGUGGCUGGUUGACAACAACAUCACUGGGUGUCCCCACCCGCACAUCCCCUCCGACCACUUCUCACUGUUAACGCAACUUGAACUCCAGCCUCCCCUCCUGCCUCUGGUCAACGGCGUCCACUUGCCCGGCCGGAGGUAG